GAAAGGUGGUCGUCGCAGCUCAAAUCGCCGCAGGUGCUUGUCCCCAGCCGUCCAUCUGCCAGGUCCAUCUGGGUGGCGCCAGUGGGCGCUGGAUGCAGCCGCACAGACCGCCCACAGUUCCGGCCUGCCAGCACCGAUCCAGAGAUCCCGGCCUUUGGUCGAUGGAGAGCGCAGCAGUCAUCUGAAUAGCUUUUGAGAGGUAUGUUGCGGACGGAAACGGUGAACAAGACCACAUUAUGUAACUCAUUGCCCAUCCAUCUGCGUUGUGUUCCAGGGUGACAAAUUCACUCUUUCAUCCGUCGGUUGGCGGCCACCUGCUCGCAUGGAUACUUCUCGUCGCCCCUUCGACAUCGACGUGGCCAUAGAGCACCUCUUGUCACCCGACCAGCUGCCAGAUGCCACACUCGAUAGGAGCCUCACUCAGGUGAUCAAGUAUGCCACAGCUGUAGCGAGCGGAGAACUGAGGUGCGGGGCCGUCGAGAAGAACCUCUUCGACCAGCGUCUGUUGCGGCGGCUGGUUGGCGCCAUGACCGACGUCAGCAACACGACACGCCGGGAGAUGGCAGCGGUAGUGCUGAGGUGGCUGUGGAACCUAGAGGCCGACGCCGGCGCGCGAUUCGCCGGGCGACUCAUCUCAGCUCACGGCUCGCCCCGGAAACUCAUCAGCGCCCUCGCCGCUGUGCUGCCGCAGCCCGAGGAGGAGGAAGCCGGCUUCACCCUGCUGACGAGCACCAUGCGUAACGGACGGCGCGAGGGCAAUGCAGCCGACUAUCGAGACUAUUUAGUGCAGCACCACCCUGCCGUCCUCGAACGUGCUUUGGCGCGCGUCGAGGGGCUCGGGGAGGACAUGCCCGUUGGCGUCUUGGCGCUGGCCUUCGUGCGGUCGGUGUUUUGCACGGAUGGUCGCGACGGCCCUCCCUUCCCGCCGAGUGUGGCCAUGUCGAGCGGCUGCUGGUGGGUGCGGAUCUUUCGGGUGAUGGUGGUGGUCAUGUCACGGUUGCCGGCCAAGACCCGAGAAAACAUGUAUGUGCUGACAGUGCACUAAACCGCACUGCAGCAGUUCAUCGGACCUGCUGUUCCUUGUCCUUCAGGUGCGAUGUUGAUGUCAGUGUUCUUUCUAGCGUUCGCAUGCUGGCCACAGGGGCCGCCAUGAAGCUAGAAUCUGCGUUCGAAGAAGGUAUUAUGGCAGACAGACAGACACAUAGACAGACAGACAGACAGACACCGUGUUUCAUGGGAUGCGGCGGCGUGUAUCCAUGAAUCACCGAAUCAGGGUCUGAUGCUGAUAUCGUUGGGUACAUCGAUGCACUCCAACAGCACAUCUACCCCUACGUCGACACGUUGGCCGCCACGCUCACCUCCGACGCAGACGAGCCAGUGCGGUACCGCGCUGCCUUGUGCCUCGACCACAUCUUCCUCUCCUGCCUGGCUUUGCAGCAUCGCAAAGGUACCACGGCAGUCACGCGUCUUUUCGCGAACCCCACAUCUGUCAAUUUCCGCAUCUCUCUUCGCCCACGCAUGCCGUUCUUUCACUACUGUCUGCAGAUCCCCUGAGCGACGGGCCUUGGCACCGUUUCAUGCGAGUUCCCAGGGCGCUGGAGGCGUACGUUGCGGCCGUCAAGAAGGGCGCCAGGUGCACCAACUUUCUUGCGCCUGACUGCGUUUCUGUGCCAGUCGUCCUUGCCGGUGGGUGAGGAGGGAUCGGCACACAGCAGCCAGUAGAGACAGCACAGCACAUCAGGUCUUCUCAUCCCCACUUGCUCAUCCAUCUGCGCUUCAUCGAUGUCUCAAUUGCUGCAGAGUCUGGAUUCCGGGACGACGUGUACCGUUCCGGAUGGUUCGCAGUGCUGUCAGAGUUGGCCCCUGAACGACGCGUCCUCCUGCCGCAGAUCGUCGGAAAUGCCGCAGACCUCACUGUCGAGAGUGGGCGAGCCAAGGUGACAAUCGAUCUAGGAGAGGCAGCGUUUCAUGUCAGCAAGAGAGAGCAGUGGGGUGGGUGUCUGUUGUGUGUGGUGUAUGGCUCGCAGAUUGCCGUGCGUGACGGCCUUCCCACAACCCUGUGUGAGAUAGCCUUCUGCCUGAUCAAGGGCGGCCAGGUCGAUCAGCAGAAGGUGGACACGUUCGUAGACUUCGCUGUCGACACUCUUCGUGCACUCGUCAGGUACACACACUCUCACACACUCACAGACCUGCCUGAUCUACAACACUCACUUCACCUUCUGUCUGUCUGUCUGUCUGUCUGUGCAGCUAUGGCGAUCGCGUGAGCAGCCGAGGGGGCAGGUUCCGUCCCAAUUUCGUCACGCAGGCCAUCCUCCAGCACGACUCGGUCAAGGCCAUGCGCGCGGCCGGCCAGCAGGCCAAGGGCCGACGCAAGGGACAGCAGCAGCACCUCAUCGUGCCUAAGAAGGUAGGUGACAUGUUUAAGAUGACACACAGAUUGAUGGUCACGGGGCACAUUAGCUGUAUGUGUUGUGGGUCAGUUGUUGGAGCUAUUUGACGAGAUGGAGAAGGCGGCCAACGAACGAGCCGAGGCGAAUCUAGCGGCCGAGCUGGCAGAUGACCACAUAGAUGAGGGCAAGAAGGACACCAAUACCAACAGCAGCGGCGGCAGUAGGGGCGGCAAGAAGCGAUCGAAGGGCAAGAGGGGCGGCAGAGGGGCAAACGGCACCAAGAAGAUCGACAACAACCAAACGGCGUCAUCCAGGUGGGUGAGCUGGACAGACGGGAGAAGAGGCCAUUCAUAUGGACCGCUGAUGAUGUGUGUGUGUCUGUUGGGCUACACGCAGUGUUGGCGCUGACAACGUAGACGUGGACCCCGUCCAGCAGGAGCACGAAGACAGCGACGAGAUCAUGGUCUGCCCGGCCCCCCCAGCCCCUCACUCUCCUCCCCUCCCCGACCCUCAUGCUCAUUCUUCUCGUCUGCAUCGGCGUCUGCGGCUGCCGGCAGUGGGCAGCAGGUGGGGGCGGGUGAUGGUGGUGAUGUCGAGGGCGGCGGCUUCGUCACGGUCGGUCGUCGGAAGAGGGGCAAGGGAACCGCCAAGCCGCCACAGGGCGGCCAUGCACAGCAGCAGACGGACAGGACCGACAAACCACACGACAGGUAAACGCCGAGGAGAAAAUGGUACCAUUCACAUUGUCUGUCUGCUCGUGUCCUGCGUGUGAGUGUGGUCAUUCAGCUCUAACACAUCAGUGUUGCCCUCUUCGUCCGAGUCGACUCGCCCCUCCUCAUCCCGCUCGUCGGUCCGUGACGACCCCGGCAGUGCGCCGCCCCUCCCCUCCACCCUGCCACCUCGCCCAUCCCGCCCUGCUCCCCCAGUCCCAUCCCACAUGGCGGGCAAUGGUGCAUCGGGCGGCUAUGGCGAUGCUCCAGUGUCUCGUGGGGCGGGUCGCGGCCUCGGGGUGCCCAUCCUGCGGCCACCGCACGAGAUGCAGCAGCCGUCAUUCCCCAUUGCUGGCAUAGCGACCCCCAAGGCAUCGUCGGGCGCCAGUUCGUCAUCUGCCGCCUGUGCACCACCUGGCGCAUCGUCAUCAUCCAGGGGGGUUGGCUCCGAGGGGCAUGGCUUCGCCCCGUUGGCAGGCAUCAGUAGCGGUAGCAGUUUGCAGAGGGCGGCGGACGACGAGCGCUGCGGUGGUCAGGGCAGGUACGCAUACUUGUACUUACGCACAGGGAAGCCGAGGGAAAUGGGGACACAGACAACAGCCAGUCUUGGCCGCGUCUGUCUGUCUCGCUGGCUUCCUGCAGGUGUCAUGUUGAGGAGGUGAGUGAGUUGGAGACGCUGCGGCAGCAGCUCGAGGCCAUGCGGGUCGAGAGGGAUGCCAUCAAGCGGGAGAAGGACAGGUAUGUGAUUCGACCAACACGUAUGAGACACGAUCGCCAAAUGGGUGGCUUGUGUGUGUGUGCAGGCUGGAGGAGAGCACUGACUGCGACAUCUGCAUGGCUGACAGGAGAUGCAUCGUGUUGGUGCCCUGCCGCCAUUUCUGUCUGUGCGGCACUUGUGCGGCCACCCUCAUGAGCCGCCCCGUAGACCAGCGGCUGUGUCCCAGGUGCAGACAGAAAAUCACUGCCACAAAACACGUCUACACAUGAG